GGAGAUCCGGUCCGGGUCUUGCCCGAAGCGGGACUCCAUGUUGUUCCGUCCGACAGCCACGGAGCGAACAAGUGCCCCGGCCGAAAGUCUCACGUUGCAGCUCUGUGUGCGGGAAGUCCAGUGCGAGUGCGAGUGAGUUCAGCAGCCGAUAAAAGAUGGAAGACUACAGGGACGACUCCGGGGCUCGGGCCCUGCUCGCGCUGCAGUCGGCUCCGUGUAGCCCGGUGCGUGUGGCGGUGACCUCUCGCUCCUACCCACAGUCCUCGCUCUUCCUGGGCCCUCCGCUCGUGGAGGCCCGUGGGGACGCGGGGGUCGUGCCGAUGCGCCUGGGCUCUCCUCCGCUGCAGGCCCUGGCCAGGCUCGAAGGCCGGGACUUUGAGUUUGUCAUGCGCCAAAGGACGGUCACCAUCGGCCGGAACUCGUCUCAUGGCUCAGUGGACAUCAACAUGGGUCACUCGAGCUUUAUUUCGCGGAGACACCUGCAGAUCUUGUACGACGAUGCGGGCGGCUUUACUCUGCGCUGUCUGGGCAAAAACGGCGUGUUUGUGGAUGGGGUGUUCCAGCGCAGAGGGGCUGCCCCGCUGCCGCUGCCCCGAGAGUGCAUGUUUCGGUUCCCCAGCACGGUGAUAAAGAUCCAGUUCACGUCUCUGCUGGAGCCUGAGGAGCAGAGGGAGCUGGACCCCUCCCCCCCUCCAAGACCCCUCCUACCCCACAUCUCCCCCCUGAAGAUCAGCAUCCCCACAGCGCAGCAGCACGAGGAGCACCUACGGAUGUUUGGAUCCCCCCUGCCCUCUCCCACUGGCACCAUCAGUGUCCCCAAUUCGUGUCCAGCCAGCCCACGGGGAGCCGGGAUGUCAGGCUAUCGCUACGGGCGCAAUAUAACCUCUGACCUUCAGCUGGCAGCAGAGUACGCAGCCAAGGCAGUGUCAGAGCAGAGGAGAAGUGGAGCGGAGCAGAGGAGCGGCCCAGGGGAGGGCAGAGGGGAGGCAGCAGGCGGAGAUAGCCCCAAGGAUGAGUCCAAACCUCCAUAUUCCUACGCACAGCUGAUUGUUCAGGCCAUUUCUUCAGCCCCAGACAAGCAGCUAACUCUGAGCGGCAUCUACGCCCACAUCACCAAGCAUUACCCGUACUACCGCACUGCAGACAAGGGCUGGCAGAACUCGAUCCGACACAACCUGUCCCUGAACCGCUACUUCCUAAAGGUGGCACGCUCCCAGGAUGAGCCAGGCAAGGGCAGCUUCUGGAGGGUGGACUCUGCGUCGGAGAGCAAACUGGUGGAGCAGGCCUUCAGGAAGAGACGCCAGAGGGGCGUGGCUUGUUUCAGGACGCCCUUUGGACCUCUCUCCUCCAGGAGCGCACCCGCAUCUCCAACCCACCAGGGGCUGCUGUCUCCCCCCUCCAGCGGCCUGCAGACCCCCGAGUGUCUGAGCAGAGAGGGCUCCCCCAUACCCCAGGACCACCACGAGCAGCUGGUACACAAGCUGUCCUCUGUACCCGAGUACAGGUACUCCCAGAGCGCCCCAGGUUCUCCUGUGAGCAGUGGGCAGCCGGUGAUCAUGGCCGCACCCUCUCAUCCCUCUGCUCUGCACUCUGCUUCGGGGAAAGGCCUGGCUCUGUUCCCUGGAGGAGCCCAACCCUCUAUCACCAUGCUGAGGGGGAUGUCUGCCAGCCCAGGAGCUGUCCCCUCCAAUGGGUACAGCUCCCCCCCAGGCAUGGACAGCACUGAGCUUAGAGAAGCCCAGCUGAGCAGAGAGCGGGUGAUCCAGGUGGUGGACAGUGCAGUGCAGGGGGCUGAUGUGCGGAGCCUGGGCCCUGGGCUCCACCAUCUCCCUGUGAGGCCGGUCACUCAGAACGGGAGGCACAUCAGCACCGUGGUGGCCUCUUCUGCACCCAGCCUCAGCAACACCUCUGUGCUGACCAGCCCUCUGCAGAUGUUAGCCGCCCAGGCCUCCAGCUCCCCUCCUGUGGUGGUCAGCAGAGCACCCAAUCCUGGAGACGAGCCGCAGGCCAAGAGAGCCAAGAUGGAGGAUGGCUUCGGGAGUGAGUCGGCCCCGCACCAAAACACCACCUCCACCCAGCAACCGGUCAUUGUCACCAUGGCGUCACAAAGCCACGAAACCAGGAAGUGAACCAGGAAGUGGAGUCCAGGUAGCCAUUGGACAGCAGCAUUACCCCAAACUGCUUUUCUACAUGUGUGAGACUGCAUCCAACCACGCCUAAGGGAGUUUUUAAGGAUUUUGUUCAGAAAUUGUGAAAGAAAAACACAAUGGCAAUUGUUCAGCUUUACCGUUUUUAUAUAAGACGUGACACGUAAUCAGUCUGUUUAACUGUUCUCGUUCAGGAAGUGACAUAUUCCAACCAUCUCUCACCCUGUUCCUUUGGUCCACUGUAGAUCUUGUGCUGUGUUCAUUCUGUCUCUGGGAAAAGCAGACCUUUGUUUCAGAAAAACAACCUUGAAUAAAAUCCCUGGUUGGGAUUUUGGCCAUGUAUUAGCUUGAUUUUUAAAGAGGGGAGUAUUAUGCAAAAUAGAUUUUCCCCUCAUGUUAUAGCAUUGUUCUAUCAUCAAAAACACACCUGAAGAGGUUUUAUAUGUCAUCCAUGCAUGUUUGAAUAUUUUAGCGAUCUAUCCCGACCCUUUUCGAACCCUAUUUACAUUAGCUGUAAGAUUUUGUGCAAUGCUGAGCCCACAAGCCUACGUCAUCCAUGCUCCCACACAACAGUUAUAUAUACUAUACAAAAACAAAUAGAUAAAACUGUACACAACAACUUGACAAACCUGAUGCGAUGAGCAGUAGUUUAAUCAGUGGGGUGCACACUGAUUUUGGGGAGAUUCAAAGCGUCAAAACCAAAAGUGAAACAUGUUAAUACGUUGUUUUCUGUGAAUUUGGCAUUUUCAAAACAAUAAACGGUAACAUGGUGAUCUAUGGGGUGUUAACGGUCGGUACUAACACAGAACAUAUGUAGACGUAACAUACCCCCUCUUUAAAAAUAAAAAAAAAUAACUAGGAGAUCUCAGUUUGAGCUAAAAUGUAGCUAUAGAAUUUAAUUAGCAAUACAAUUUAAAAAAUGGGGACAGCUCUACUCUGCUAAACUUGUAAGUACUGCAUAUAUUUUUAAACAAUAUAUACAUUAAAUUAUAUGUUUAUGUUAAAAAUACACUAUGCAACUUUUCUAAUAUGCCAAGGUCCGCCUCCUGGUUGCUUCCAUGGAGAUGCUAUUACUUUGCCAGGAUAAUUUCACAGUAAUGCAUUAAAUUUCUCUGUCUCCAUGUGCCUUGAAAAGUUGCAUAGUGCACUUUUUAAUAUCGAUGUUACUACGUCAUGAAUGGACAGAUUUUCAGUUUUACCUAGGGACCUCAGAGAUUCCGAGACAGAAUGAACCACAUAUUUCCAGAUAAUUUCGCAGUCGUCGCUGGUCAAACCCUGCAAAAGCCUGCAUCCUGAGCGGACAUGUUUGUAGUUCUAUAUUGCGUAAACCUACCAAGCCAUUGUAGGCCUUAACUGUUAUUACUGCUCAGUGACUUCUCUGCAAUUUUCACAUUUUAAAGGGCAGGACUGAUGACGUUAGCUACUCUUUUAUGUUUUGUCAGAAGAAAAGAAAUCGAAGGGAAUAUGAACCAUAGAUGGACAGUAAAAGGAUAGUGGACCAAAAUUGAAAAGGGCUUCAAUUUAACAUUAGCCUGCUAGCUAAUUGUUGGUAGUUUUAUGAUUCGGCUAAAACAGGUUAAUAAUAAUACUGUUUUGGCUUAUAAUUUUGUCUCACUAACCAUUUUGGGCAGUCUAUUCAUAGGCCUAUGUAGAUUAUUACAUUAACUUGUCGUACUGGUCCGUUAGUUUGGCCCAAAAGUGAAAUAAAAUACAUACACUUAAAGAUGUGUAAGAUUCAUUAAAGCGCAUUAAAAUUCUUGCUAAUGAAACACCCCUGAGAGAAACCAUAAAACACUACAACACAGUCCUACCAUUACAUAUUUUUAAAGCAGUGGUUGCAAUGUUAGCAAUGGAUGCUAACAGUGAGAAAUGUAGCUCAGAAAUGUAAGAAAGCAUUUGUGAAAUUUAAAAACAAAUUUAAAAAAGCAGCUACCCCAGCAUUUUAGGCAGCUUUCUUGUAGUUUUUACUUUUUAGAUGCAUUUAUUUUAGAAACUGAUUUAGCAAAAACAAUCACAACGCAACACUAGCUAGCCGACCUAUAGCAAUGAGAACGAGACUUGAGCACUUGCAGUGUAGAUUAUAAUUGUGUAUUUAUUCUUUAAAAAAGUUAUAAAUCACUAAUUAACAUCAAGAAAGAAGUCAAGUGGUUGAUGGCACCUAUGCUAACAUUCAAAUUGACCAAAUAUUAACUGUUAAAUUAACUAAAUGCAGUAUUAUUAAGUAACUGAAAUGUUUAUAAUUUAAGAGAAAAUAAGUCAUCAUUGGGGUAAUUCCCAUGGUCCACUAUUCUUACAUUGUCUCAGUUUGAAACUUAAAGGGCCAAUAUUAAGCUAUUUUCUUAUCAAUUUUAUAAUGUUUUUUCGUCAUCAAAAACAGACCUGGAGUUGUGUUUUGUUUCAUUCACACAUGUUUAACACAUAAACCCUGCAUGUUCAAGCUUUGUUCUUUUCUCACACUGAAAACACUCUGUUCCACCUUGUGAUGUCAUGUGGUAAUACAGGAAGUGCUCCACUGUGUUUUUACAGUCCAAACACCUUCACUAAAAUCAUUUGGAUAAUUUCAGUCCUGGAAUUUCCAAUCUACUGAACUGAAGGUAAAACUUGAAAACCAGCACUACAUGACAUCACAAGGUGGAACAGAGUAUUUUGAGCUUGUGAAGAUGUAGACAAACUAAUAGUGUCUAUAAAUAAUAAUAAAGAGUUACUCAAACGUGUGAAUGAAAAAAUACAAUUCCAGGUAUGUUUUCGAUGAGGUAACAACAUUAUAACACACACUCUUUCCUUACAUGGCUUAAAACUCGCAAGUGUCAAUUUUUAGCAUAAUAUACGACCUGUAAUGUAAGGGCUUGAUGAUUUGUAAUCCAUUUAAAUAUUCAAGAAAAUAUCAAUUGCAUUACAAAAUAGUUGUAGAAUAAUUUAAUGAAUAAUUAGUAGUUUCUUUUAAUUAUUGAUACUAAUUUUGGAACACGCCCAGUUUUAUUUAUAAAUAUAUUUAUAAUUACAAAAAUGAAUUAAUGUGAAAUAAGGAAAUAUUAUCAGUUAUGGUCAGUCCUACCAUUACAUUAGAGUUCUCAGUAGUCUGUUAAACUAUUUUUUAACACUACAAAAAUUCUGUUUGAUUAAAAAAUGAGUUGAAUUCAGGAUGUUUAUCAUGACUUGAGUAGUUUCUCUGGAGAAUAACUCACUCUAUGUGCACUGGGUGUUUUGCUCAAGGAAACCACUGCAGUAAUCUAUGCAUUGCUCGGAGUGAGGGUUGAACAUCUAAAAUUAAAAAAAAUGAUGCAAACCACAAUAUUUUAUUCUGAAACUGACAAUUUGUAGACAAAAUUGUACACUUUGGAGAGUUUAUUUGUAUUGGGGCUAGAUGCAGCAGCAUAUUUAAAUUAUAUGUUGUCAGUUUUGGGUAUAGGAAUAAUUUAUGAGCUGCAGUGUAUUAAUGACCCACUCAUUCAACACUAUGUAACAAACAGGUGAUUGGCCCUAAAAAACUCCAGAAGUUGAAUAAAAAAUGUCUGCAGAACAUUUGAGGCUGUAACAUCUCCAAUCUCCAUGGAGACCAGGGAAGUUACACAGUGCACCUUUUAAUAUUCUGAAUUCAAAUGUCAUUUACAGAGCAGUGUACCUGAAAGCAUUGAUUUUUGACCGUAUGCAUUUGAAUUAGGCGGCAGACGGUAGAGGAGUGAAUGUAGACCAGUGAUUGUGUUGUGUUCGUGUUCAAAAAAAAAAAAAAAAAUCUGUAAAAGCAUUAUUCUAAACUUUUUCCAGGCCUUAAAGAUUUCUGUGUUCUCUUUUGAUCUUAACCAGCUUUUUUAGGCUUUCUAACUGUUCGGCAACACUACAGCAACUUUUUAUAAAAUGAAACUGUAUUCAGGGAUGGGCGGGACCAACAUACAUUCUUUGUUCAAUUAUUUUUCAAGGUACUUUUUGUCAUUAAUUGCCCACUUUUAUCUUGCUGCAAAAAAUAAUGUCUGAAUUAAAGAAACUUGAAUUCUGAAUUUCUAUUUGAAUAUUUGGAGUAAGAUUUCAAGAUAAUUAACACAAUGGCCGAAAAAAAGGGAGGAAGUGUCAUGCCUAUCUUUGCCAUUUUAAACUCAUCUUGACUCUAUAGAAAAGCAUUAGAUAUUUAACCAACUUUAAAAAAAAAAAAAGUUUUUUUUAACAAUUUCUCCAUUGAUUUUAUUCAAAAACAGUUGAAACUGUCAGCAAAGGGCAGUAGAAUGUGCUUCAGCUUUGUCAUGUUUACUUACUUUUUUUUUUU